AUGGCAGUAGCUUACUCUCACUACUUGUCCUCCGACAACAACCCACCAAUUCCGUCGCCGGCGUCGGUGAUUCCGACCCAAGACGAGUUAAAGAAAUUCGCAGCCCACAAGGCAGUCGAGUUCGUAAAAUCCGGCAUGAUUAUCGGCCUUGGAAGUGGAUCAACUGCGAUACACGCCGUGAAUCGAAUCGGAGAACUUCUCCGGCAAGGGAAAUUACAUAACAUAAUCGGAAUACCCACUUCAAAAAUAACCCAUGAAAGAGCAUUAUCACUUGAAAUCCCUAUAUCUGAUCUUGAUUCACAUCCCAUAAUCGAUUUAGCAAUCGAUGGUGCAGAUGAAGUAGACCCAUAUUUGAAUUUAGUUAAAGGAAGAGGUGGGUGUUUAUUAAGAGAAAAAAUGGUGGAAAUGGCUUGUAAUAAGUUUAUUGUUAUUGUUGAUGAAUCAAAAUUGGUUAAGUAUUUGGGUGGAAGUGGGUUGGGUUUUCCAGUUGAGAUUGUGAAAUUUUGUUGGAAAUUUACUGCAAAUAAGUUGGAGUUAUUGUUUAAGGAAGCUGGUUGUGUGAGUAAGCUAAGAAUGUGUGAAAAUGGUGAAGCUUUUGUUACUGAUAAUGGUAAUUUUAUAAUUGAUUUGUAUUUGGAUAAAGAUAUUGGUGAUUUGAAAGUUGCUAGUGAUAAGAUUUUGAGGAUUGCUGGAGUUGUUGAACAUGGAUUGUUUCUUGAUUUGGCUACGACGGUUAUUGUCGCCGGUGAAUGUGGGAUUACAGUGAAGAACAAGUUGGAGUUGGAAGGUUAA